AUGGACAAUCGUUCGAGGCUAUAUCUAGCAGGGGCUUUUGCUCUAGGUGUGCUACUUACUCUGGGAUACAAAGACGUGUACCCGGAUCUCGAGCGACGUUUUCGUGCACGGCGUCGAAAAAGCAGAGUCUACAAAGACUCAGAAUCCAUUGUCGAUGCCUCUAAUCGCUUAAUUCUGAGAGACCUUUCAAAUCCCGCUGCUCUUCAUCUUCCAGAAGGAGACAUUCGGGAGGGAAUCGAAGGCUGCAUUGGAAAUACACCGUUGAUCAAGAUCAAAUCCUUGUCCGAGGCUACUGGCUGUGAGAUAUUAGCUAAAGCAGAGUUCCUGAAUGGUGCUGGUAAUAGCCCAAAGGAUAGAGUCGCACUCAAUAUCAUCAAAGUGGCAGAGGAAGAGGGACUGUUAACACCACACUCUGGAGACAUGAUCUAUGAAGGAACAGUCGGAAGCACAGGGAUAUCUUUGGCUGCUAUAUGUAGAGCUAGAGGCUACCUGGCUCAUAUAUGCAUGCCAAAUGACCAAGCCACCGAAAAGUCGGAUCUGCUUCUCAAGCUAGGUGCCGAAGUUGAAAGAGUGCGGCCAGCACCGAUAGUCGACCAGAACCAGUUCGUCAACAUGGCACGUAAUAGAGCUGCAGAACAUACAUCAGACCCAAAUCGCCCUGGUCGCGGCAUCUUUGCGGAUCAAUUCGAGACGGAAGCUAAUUGGGAGGCUCACUUCAACGGAACGGGCCCAGAGAUAUUCAGGCAGACAGCGGGAAGUCUUGACGCCUUCGUGAUAGGUGCUGGAACGGGAGGCACAAUAUCUGGCGUUGCUAGGUUCCUGAAGCCGAGGCUUCCAGAGCUGAAGGUAGUUCUAGCAGACCCGCCGGGGAGUGGUCUUUACAACAAAGUCAAAUUCGGUGUCAUGUUCGACCCGAAAGAAAGAGAGGGUACGAGGAGGCGCCAUCAAGUCGACACUGUCGUUGAAGGCAUCGGUAUUAACAGGCUCACAAACAAUUUCGAAGUCGGAAGAGCACUAAUAGACGAUGCUGUCAGGGUAACAGAUGACCAAGCGAUUGCUAUGGCAAGAUGGCUUGUAGAAAAAGACGGUAUAUUUAUUGGCAGCAGUAGCGCCGUUAACUGCGUUGCCGCGACCAAGAUAGCCCAGCAGCUUGGACCUGGCCAUCGAGUCGUCACUAUUCUAUGUGAUAGUGGCGCCCGACAUCUCAGCAAAUUCUGGGCUCGGGCUAGGCCAAUAGGUGGGGAGGAUGAGCUGUCUUUGGCGGACAUCUUGGAC